AUGAUCACUCAAACAAAACCCAUAAAUCAAGCAUUAAGCAUUGUUAUUUCAUUAUAUGUUAUAUUCGAAUUACAAUUUGGUACGCACAACCGAAUUAUUCAUUUAUUGUAUGGAAUAUUGCUGCAAGAGCCAAGCAUUCUUUCGAAACAAUUACGACUUACAUUAAAACAAUGGGAUUUUCAUAUUGAUAAAAAAGAACAUACAAGAAGUAUGCAACUUGUUACAACUGCUUCAACAAAUAAUAAUACACAAACAAGCACAAUAAACGUUUUAAAAGAAACUGAAGGUAGUCAUGGCCAUCAAUCAUUUGAUAACAAUUACCAAGAGAAUUUUAUCGGAAACACAGAUGAUACACGAAAUCCAACAACAAUCAAUACACAUUCAACUUCCUACAAGAACAUGGAAAAAUGUACAACACAAAUAUCACCAUCAUCCAAUUCAUCAUCACCUAUUUAUCCACCAUUAAUUGUAGAUAUUACAAUACCAGAGAAACAAAAAGAACCAUUCUUAUCUGAAUCAAUUAUGAUUAAAAAUGAUGAAUGCAUGUUGAACGUUAUUGAGUCAAACUCAUCGAAAUCGAGUCAUUUAUCUACAACGAAUAAGAAAAAAUCUAGUUCUAAGUUAAGAAAACGUCAAGCUAGUCCAGAACAACCAAUAGCAAAACGAUUAAAACGAUCAAGAAAUUAA